AUGGUAUCUACUAGGAGAGGUAAGCCAGCUUUUGAAGAGAUGUCUGAAGGCAGGGAGGAGUUUCCGGUUAUUGAAGAGAACGGUGAGAACGGGGAGGACUACAUGGAUAACGAUGAGGAGAGACCCACGUUGAGCAGGAGGGCCUCGAGUAUCUUCUCGAUAGACACUACGCCGCUGGCACCUCCGAACAAGACGGAUAUCGAGAUGUUCACCAGCGAUGCGUACCACUUCAGCAUGAUCAGAAACCUGCAUCUUGCAGACUACAUCACGAUGCUGAACGGGUUCUGUGGGUUUUACUCGAUUGUGAGUUGCCUGAGAUUCACGCUUACUGGUAAGCCACACUAUGUUCAGCGUGCACACUUCUUCAUAUUCUUAGGUAUGUGUUUUGAUUUCUUUGACGGCCGUGUCGCUAGGCUGAGAAAUAGAUCCUCCCUUAUGGGCCAGGAGCUAGACUCUCUAGCCGACCUGGUCUCCUUUGGCGUGGCUCCUGCAGCUAUAGCGUUUGCCAUCGGCUUCCAGACCACCUUGGAUGUGUUCGUGCUGUCUUUCUUCGUGCUUUGCGCGUUAGCAAGAUUGGCCAGAUUCAACGUCACCGUGGGUCAACUACCCAAGGACGUCAAGGGCAAGUCUAAGUUCUUUGAGGGCCUGCCAAUGCCUACUACUCUGUUGCUGGUGCUGGGUAUGGCCUGUCUGGUGAGACAGAACCGUAUCUUCGACAAUAUCCCACUGGGUAUCGUCCGAGAGGGCCUAGCUUUUGAGUUCCACCCUAUCAUCUUCAUCUUCUUCUUGCACGGAUGCGGUAUGAUCUCCAAGAGCUUGAAGAUCCCUAAGCCAUGA